GACUUUGUUAUGUUUGUCUGAACCUUUUUAUUAUAGGUUGCAGUUGUGUGGUAUAUUAAAACUAAUUGUACUUGUGAUAGCCAAUGAUUUAUUUCAGUUAGAACUUAGAAAAUGAUUUUGGAUAUUUUCUUCUAGGCCCCUGUUCAUAAUGUCGAUCAAAUGGUUUUGAAGCUGGCACUUUCGGCCCCUGUCGUUGCAGUUGCUUCUCCUUCUGCCAUUUGUGCCUGGGUCAAUCUUAUUUCAGAGUUAGAGCAAUGGAACAAUUCAGUUGCCUGUAUUGGUGAGACAACUGCUAAGGCUGCUAAGAAAUUAGGCUUGAGAAAUGUUUACUACCCAGCAAAUCCAGGUCUUGAAGGAUGGGUGGGUAGCAUCAUUGAAGCGUUGCAAGCAAAUUAGAUUAAAUGAGCAGUGCGUCUCCAGUUUUCUCCCAGGCCCAUGAAGGCUGACAAGAAGAUGGUGUAGAAUUGAGGCAGCACGAAGAACAAACACACGAAUAGCGAAAUUUCACAAUUUCUGCAUAAGCCAGCUGCAAAGCAAGGAUUUAAUAUUUUGCAAGCAGCAGGACAGAAAGAGAUGGAGAUAUUUAACACCCCAGAGGGACCAUAUUCAUUCGGCAGACAGAGCUUCCUCUAAGCGGCCUGUGAAAAGGCUGUUGGGAUCAAAUGUGGAAGAGAAAGCUUGUUCUCUUAGAUGUAUAAUUCGUUAUUUAGAUAAAAGGUA